UCAAAAUAUAACUUCAAUGAAUCAAUUAUAUAUUCAUAAUUUUCAUCAAUUACCGUCUGAAAAUGUACUACGUAGUUAUCAGUCUAUCUAUCAUUCGAGACUCAAUAUAAAAUACAGUAUCACAAGACUUUUUCAGCAUCUACUUAAUGAAUAUGAAUCUUUAUAUCAAAUAAAAAAAACUAUACAGUCACAUAAAAAACAUAAAAUAAUAGUUGAUAUAUUACUAAAACUUUAUUUGACAUUAAAACGUUAUGAAAAAAGUUUUAAUAGUAAAUUAUCAAUUGCAUUAUAUCUAUUAUGUAAAUUAACAAAACCAUCGGAAUCAGUAUCAAUAUCAACAAAAUUAUCAUAAUCAAGUACUAGUGAAUUUAUCACAAAACAAUGAGAGAACAAAUUUAAUUAUUCAAUUAGAACAAACAAUGAACAAUUUAAAAAAAAAGUAUAAUCUAGAAAUAAUCGAGUAUAAUAAACUAAUAAUGGCAAUAAAAUUUUAUAUGCAUUAUUUUGAACGUGGUAUUAUUUUCUUGGAUGAAAACAACAUGACAAAUGAAAAAAUAGAUUCUCGUUCAUUAAGACCAAAAAUUGUAAUGUUUUAUAAAUGGAUUAACAAAUUGAGAAAAUAUUUUGGUAUUUAUUUAGAAAAUAAAAAACAAAGAAAGGAUAAAAGUCAAAAUUUUAAUAGUUGGAAAAUAAAUUUGAAAUUAUUCCGAACAAUAUCAUUAUUAAAUUUUCAUUCUGAAUUUAAAAUAAAUAUUGAUAAAAAACACGUAAAUAUUGAUUAUUUAAGGGAUCAUUAUAUGAAAUUAAUUUAUAAUAUUAAUGAAUUUUACAAACAUUUAAUUGAUCGUAUUACUUUAGAUGUUGAUGAAAAUCGAAAUAUUUAUGGUGAAAAAUAUAAUUAUAAACAUCAUGUAAUUGAACUUGAUGAUAGCAUAAAAACGGAAUUUUUAGAUAAACUACUUUAUAGCAUCGGUCAUUUAAAAGAUCAAUUAAAUUCUUAUAAAACAAAAAUAAAUUACGAUUUUGAGAAAAUUCAAAAGUUACAGGAAUUAUUAACAGGCUAUACAAAUAGUGAACUUGUUGAUCAAAAUGAAACAUUAAGAAAAGAUUUAAAAUUAUUGAUAAAAAAUACGAAAUCGUGGAAAUUAAUGAUCAAUCGAAUUGAGUGGACCAUCGCCGAUAAAGAAGAUAUGAUGAACAAUAUGAUUUUAGAAUCGAAAAUGAAUUUGGAAAAGCAAAAAGUAUAUAAAUCUAAAAAACAUUUUAGCCAUAGAAAAAUUUAAAAUUUGAAAGUUAAAAAUAUUACUUGCAGUGAUAAAAGUAAA